AUGAGAAUUCUUCCUCGCUUGCUCACUGUGCUUGCGUCAUGUUCGGCUAGGAGCACGUUGAUGGAUGCAUCAGGAAACCUCCGGUUGAAAAUAUCGGAUGCUAAAACAACGUCUCAGGGUGUUGUGUCGAUUGUUUUCAGCCCUGACACGAAGUCUUUCUUGACUGAUUCAAAUGAGAUCCUUUGUCUAGAAUCGACAGAUCCUCCAUGCCUAGUCUGUCGUGGAGCCACCCUCAGUGGAACAUCGGUCGCUGAGGGCUGUGCUUUAUCCACUAUUUCGGUUGUGUCCGAUGCAAUUCUAGUGGAUGGUAUCACACAUGGAGAUGUGGAAGCAGGAUGGAGUAAUUCGAGACAUGCCAGGACAAUAACAGCCUUGUUCAGAGCGCGAUUGAGCCUCGCUUCAUCAUCCAAGCAGUUGCUCAUACUUUGUAUUCAUGGCGACAUUGGUGAAUCCGAGAGUCUUCGCCUGAAGGGAGAAGCCAAAAGCCUCUUCGAUGCAACAGCUGCUGAAGUCAAAUCUGAUGCUGCAUUCACCGAAAUGUACGAUGUUUCCGUUGUCUCUGUCGAUUCAAAGUCGGAUCCAAAUGCUGUGUUGUCAAAAGCCUUUCAGCACGCAGGGACGAUAGCCGGAACGGAUACGUCCCUUGCAAGUGCUCUCGAAGAAGCACACAGUAAAGUUAUUCGAUCAGGAGUUGCAGUAGCAGCAAAAGAUCCUCCACAUAUUGCUCAAGCUUUUGUUACUGUUGGCAAUGCAGUCACAAAACAAACGAGAACGGUUCGAGCUAAGGUUGUCGUAUGGGAAAACCGUAUUUCCCGAGGACUUUGGGUAGAAGGAUUUGGUUCGGAAGCGGAAUUAGUUCGUCAGCGAGUCCUUGCUAGCUUUGAUUCCGAGACUCUAGCUGCUGCUGGACUACCUCUUGUGGCGACCUACAGAAUGGAAAUGAGAGCCCAACUCGCCUCUUUGAUCGACAGCUCCAUCCGCAAUGCUUUCACUCUGCAAGUGAACAAUAUCAAUAAAUCUGUGGAGAAAAAGUUUCGUGGGUGUCUUUUGAAAAAAAUGAAUGCUUCACCAGAGGAAGUAAAGGCUGAAACAGCUGUUGGCUUGCAAUCGGCAAUGUCCGAUCUAGAAAAGACUUUGGCAGAACUAGAAGUGCCAUCCUUAGGUCUUAGCAAAGCCAAGGUUUGCCGAGAUGCAGAGUCUAGACUCACUGAUCUGGGCAUUGCAGUCGUUGACAGUCCUGCAGCACAGCUGAGGCGAACGAAAAAUGUCAUGAAGGUGACAAACAAGGAAAAGCAACUGGGGCAACGGUCCGUAAGUUUCGGUCUUGAUCUGGUUGCAAUGCUGAGACCUGACGGAUUUGGAAACCUUCAGGGUUUCGCAGGGUACCAAUAUGGAGGAAAUAGUUUCACAUUUGGUGUUCACAACGACGCUGAUGAUCCACAGACAGUUGCUCAGUUUGGGGGGGUACGUCCGCCACUGCUACGCAUUCAACCAAAGCUCCGAGUAGAUGUAGAGCUAUAG